CGAAAUCGCCUUCAGUAACCCUCUUCGUUUCUGUUCUGCGCAAUUCUCUCACUAAAUUUGAAUUCACAUUUAUCUCUCUAGAAGUCUCGGAGAUCAUCUAUGGAAGAGGCCACCAAAGAACAGUUGUCUGCUUCAGCCAGUGCUAAGCGAUCAGCUACGAGGCUGCUUCGGUAUCCGCUGCGAUCCGCUGGAAAGGUGAAGGAGGAAAAGCCGCCCCUAGCCGAUUCCUUUAACUCGUCUGCUACCAGAAGGAUAAAGCCUGGACCAUCAGUGAGCAAGAGUAUAAGUGUCCUUGAUCUCAACCAUAGCAAGGACAGACCUGCUAAGCCUCCAAGAAGGAUGUCUAACCCCUCCAACUCAGCUGGCAGUCCAGCUGCUUCAGCACAAGCUGGAAAUGUCACUCCGAUUUCCGAGGCUACUAGAUCUAAAAGGUCUAACCUUGGUAACAAUGAAGGGAGAAGUGAUACCCCAACACCCUCGGAUGUUUCCAGGUCUUUAAUCCGAAGGAAGUUCAGUGUUAUAUCAUCAGCAUCAUACUGGCUAACUCAGAUCAAGCUGUCUGAAUCUGCUGCAAAACACUCCAUUUCCCUUGGUUUUUUCAAACUUGGCUUGGAAGCUGGAUGUGAGCCUCUUCAGUGCAUGAGGGAUGAGCUUAGAGCAUAUGCCCAACGACAUAACCUUGUUGAACUAGGAGAGUCUGUGAAGCAAUUGUUCGAAAGCUAUAAAAUCUUACCAGACUUUGAACAGUUGCAAGUGUCUGAAACUUGCUCGCAUGUUCUUGAUGAAGAGGUAACACGAUCUUCGGAUGAUGAGAUUCACAGCAGAUCUUCACCCGUAGCAGGGGCGGUGGAUUCUGAGAAGCAAUUGGGGUCGCAUAAACCACCUUCCUCCACCACUAGGCAGGCUGCUGUUGUUGCUGACCAAGCAAAGGAUGCAUCUAGAUUGAAGAGUGAGACUGGAACAAAGAAGCAACAAAAGCCCAUAAAGAAAGAAGCAGGAAUUAGUGGUCGCAACAACGUGCAAAAGAAGAUACAGAAAAUGCCCAUCAAGAAGAAUGAGCCAACAAAGGGUAAGGUCAAAGUGCAACAGGGUAAGAAUAGUGUGGCUGAAGAAGAGAUUAUUAAGGAUGUUCCUGUACCAGAGAAAUUGCUUGAGGAAAACAAAGAAAACACGGAUGCGGCCCUUCAGAUGGAAGAGAUCAGUUGUGUGGAAGAGUGAGUAGGAAGUUGAUGAAUAAAGGCAAAUAACAAUAGUAACAUAAACAAUAUAUUGUUUCUUUGAUGGUUCUGGAUUGGCAGCUAGCUGUCUCUUAUGAUGAGAGUUAGCGGUACAAUGGAUCAUAUUUCAUGUGGCAUUUACUUACAGCUUUGUGCUUUCAAGAGUACUUUGCUUAUCUCAUGGUGUCGUCAAGCGUAUAUAGUUUGUUUGUUUGGAGGAGUUGGGUAAGAUGUUAACAAGAUGUUAAC